CUCUCUACUCUUCCGCGAGACCGGGUUUAUGGACGCGUGCCUGCUUAGUUCUGGCGCCCGCAGAAGAGGAGGUGUGGGGUGGGGACGGACCGGAGAGCGUGUGCAGGAAGGAAAGACCAGCCGAAACCACUGCACUCGCCGACCUUUUUUCUAUCCGCCCCCUGUUUCCUGCUGGGUGGCCUCUUCCUCUUUCUCUGCCCCCUUUCUUCUAUUACCUGUGUACAGCAUUGGUGAAACCCUAUGACUUAAAAUUUUCUCUGUUGGAAACUGCAUUUCCUUCAUCCUCUCCUCCCAGCUUCACUUGAGUUUUCUAGAGGCUUCUUUUUUCAUUAGGAUAUUAUCAUAUGGCUAUAUAAUCCGAAAUUAUAGCAGGAGUUGAGAGAGAGGGAGGGAGAGGAAAAAAAUCACCAGCGGAAUGAUAAUCCUUGCCUGUGAGAGGUCACGUUCUAUUUGUUUGCAUGUCUUCUUUUAUACCUGUCCUGUCUUGGUUUAUUCUUUCUGAAUUUAUAAUUGCAAAUGGAUAUCUCUGAAAUCGUCUGUCAGGAAGCUGGUAAAUCUCCUCCCCUUUUACCAGACGGUGUCUGUGCAAAUGAUCCUGGACUUGUCAAGCAAGGCCAUUCACACAGUCCAUCAUCUCCUUUUUUUGGCAACACUGAGUUGCAGUCUGUUGCUCCUUUCAACAGGAAAGCAGGAGGAGAGUGUAGGAUUCAAGUGUCUGUGAUUCUGCCAGUCUAUAAUGCCGAGUCUUGGCUGGAUGAAUGUCUGAAGUCUGUUCUGGAUCAAGAUUUCCAAGGUUCUAUUGAACUGUCUGUUUUUAAUGAUUCUAGCACGGAUAAUUCUAUAAAUAUAAUUAAAAAAUGGAAGAUUUUGUUGGAAGAAGCCGGCAUUUGCGUAGUACUGGGAGAAAACUACUCAACUCAUCCAGGUGGAGUUGGCUUUGCUAAAAAUUGUGCUAUUGAUCAGAGCUCGGGGGAGUAUCUCUGCUUUCUGGACUCGGAUGAUGUGAUGAUGCCCCAGAGAAUAAGGCUGCAAUGGGAAGCUAAUAUUAAGUAUCCAAGGAGUAUUAUAGGUUGCCAAAUUAAGAGAGAACCAGCAGAAGCUACUGAGCGCUAUACUAGGUGGAUCAAUAAUUUAACACAUGAUCAGCUUCUUACUCAGGUUUUCACAUCCCAUGGACCAACAGUAAUUAUGCCAACUUGGUUCUGUUCUCGGGAAUGGUUUUAUCUUGUAGGAAGAUUUAAUGAAGAAGGAAAGGGGACCCCAGAGGAUCUGCUCUUCUUUUAUGAACAUCUUCGAAAAGGUGGAGAAGUGUUUCGAGUUGACGAAUGUCUCCUCCUGUAUCGUUACCAUGCACAGGCAGCCACUAACACAGUUUUAGAGGAAACCAUCUGGACACACCGAGUUUUGUUUCUGGAGGAGAAAAUUCUUACUAAUUGGACAUCCUUCACCAUUUGGAAUGCUGGCAAACAGGGCAGAAAACUUUUUAGAAGUUUAUCUCCAGCUAAUCAGAACAAAGUGACUGCAUUUUGUGACGUGGAUAAAAAUAAAAUCACUAAAGGAUUUUAUAUAUAUGAAGAAUCUAAGGAAACUUCCAAACCCAGAAUUCCAAUUUUUCACUUCAAAGAAGCUUCCCCACCUUUAAUUAUUUGUGUGAAAUUGGAUCUCACAGAUGGACAGUUUGAGGAAAAUUUGAGUCUAUUGAAUUUGAAGGAAGAGUGCUAGACAGAUCACUAUGUGUUUCUCUACGUAUUCAUCACCACAGCUGACUGAACCAUCCUGUUUCCACCAUCUAGAAAAGGUGUCCAGAGACUUCUACUGAAGAGUCAAGAGAAUUUCUGGCACGCAACUUCUAAUGUUCCUGCAAAAUAUCUUACGUGCUCUGUGUACAUGCUGCCAAUGUCACAUUUUUCAUGAGAAUGAGAUGAAUAAAGUGAAAGGAGAGGCACCCCAUGUGAAUUAAAUAGAAAUUGAACUAGGAAGAAAUGGCUGGAUCUGAACCUGGAAACCCACUUCAGUGAAGAAAUCUGUAUCUGAAGAACAGAUGAAAAACCAUGAAGCCGCCCCCACCCAAACAAACCCUUAAUAUUAUACAAGUUUAACAACGUGUAACUGUAGGCUAUGAGAGAAAAGUUACUUCUUAAAAAAACAGGUUGUCAAGGCCAGAUGGGGAAAGUUACUGUGUCCGUCUGUCUGGAGGAAGUAGAAUGGUAACCUUCAAUAAACCUAUGGAGUCCUACAAUCUGUCUUUCUUUUCAGAUACAUCUUUUUUGAACAGGAUGGGAAGUUAUCUUUCCAUAAAAAAAUUAUGCUUCCCAAAUGAAGAACCUUUUCUUAAAUAUAACAACAUCCAGAUUUAGGAAGGCUUUUAUUUUCAAUUUCAAAGCUGGAUAUUUAGAAUCAAGGAAACUCUUGCUCUACCAAGAACAUCUCCUUCUAAAAAGGACUACAGAAACACAAAUGGAGUAGAGUUUGAUCUAAGAAACUCCUUUCAAAAAAGUUAAGAUGUAACCAGCUGUUUUCUUUAGAUGUAUACAGUACAUAAUAGGAUUGCCACCGCUCUGAAAUAAUUAUUUGAAAAUCUUGAGAUUUUUCUUGUCUUAAUAUUUUAACUAGCAAUGCAUCUGACUCAUCUCUGAUGCAGUUUCUGAAAUGUUUCACCAUAAUGUCCAGAACACAAAAUUAUUCAAAUAAUGUUGAUGCUUCUUUGCCGAACCAUAUUUAGUUGCAGUCUAGCUAUUCAUAAAGCAAUCUUAUUUGAAAGAGUCUUAUUAUCUUUCAAGGUCAUAUUGAUUUGACUGAAAUUCACCGAUAUUGUGUAUUUCUUUCAAUAAAACCAGAUCUGCUUUAAGGAUCAGCUACCCAAAUGAAUAAAGAAACUGCCCAGAAAAUGUGGAUUGCUUGAGGCUUAUUCUUAUUGGCUAGCAAAAUGGUUUAGCCUCCACCUUCCAGAUUUAUAAAACAGCUGACCAUAGAAAAGAAGACAGGAUGAACUGAAAGAGGUAGACUAUAUUAUAAAAAAUAACUGGCAAGAUAUUGUCAUACUCAGGAGCUUGGCUAAUUGCCGGAAAGGGGGAAAAUAACUUAGGUGAAUGGUUUUAAUUAGAUUACAUCUGAUUUCCACACCUAAAAACAAGAAAAAAUGUAUUAAAUGGGCUGGAAUUUUUUCCCCAAAAUUUCUUGUUGGAAAUGAAUCCAUGAGCCAUGAAGGUAUAUGGAACGCUCAUUAUGCUGUACUGUAGAAGCAUAAUAGCUUUACCGUCCAAUAUCUAUAUUACUAUAAAGUCUGCAUAAGAAAGCCCUCAAGAAACAGGUGAUUACUCACGCCAUAUCUGAGAUUUAAGAUCGGAUUGAAAUAGCAACAAAAUUAAUUAUAAAAAGAACUUACACUGUAAUUAAAAAUUAAAUACAUACAUUAAUUUAUUAAAGUAUACAAAAUUAAUAUUUUAAACCUAGGCAGCUUUAAUUCUAAAGAAAUAGUGCAAUCUUAAAAAACAAAUAGUAGACAAGUAUAUGUAUAGAGAGAGCGCCAGUUUGGUGUCAUGUUUAAGGCACCAGGCUAAAACCAGAAGACUUACUUCUAGUCCUCUGUUAGAUGCAAAACCAGUUGAGUGACUUUGGGCUAACUAUUCUCUCUCUGUCCUAAGAAAAAGGCCAUGGCAAACCACUUCCGAAAAUCUUGCCAAGAAAGCUUCAGGAACUAGUCCAGGCAGUUGCCAGGAGUCAACACUGAUUCAAAGGCUUAAAUUAAACAAUAAGCAACAUAAAAGCCGAAGAUGUCUAUCACUAAGGCUUAUUCAAAAGCCAGAAAACCCAAUCAGAGAAGCAUUAUGUACCUCAGAAGCAAACAAAAAAAGGUUUAUGCCCAGAUUUAUUUUUUUUAAAAAAAAAAAUUGGCUUCACCUAAAGCAGUUCUUAAAUGGGGGGUAUGUCCUGAGAAUAGUGGAGCAAUUUGGAACUGCUUGUUGGUGAAUCAGUUUUGGACCAUGACUCUGAAUCAGUUUCGGUCCAUGACUCUGCUCUGAGAGUGUUUCAUUUUUCAUGGCAAUUGGUUUUUUUCCCCAGUUUUAUAAAUUUAUAAAUUUAUAAAUAACUCAGGGUGGGUUAGGCUGAGAGUGACGGAUCCAAAGUCACCCAGCUGGCUUUUUGUGGCUAAGGCGGGACUAGAGUUCACAAUCUCCUGGUUUCUAGCCUGGUGUCUCAACUACUAGGCCAAAUGGCUCAUUUGUUAGUAGAUCUACUUUCAUUCACAUAUUGCAUGUUCUUUAUCAUCUAUGCUAUUUGUGGGAAUAACUGCUGAGGCUGCAUUAACUAUAAGAAAAGUAAAUUAGAAUUUAUUAAAAUGAUAAAUUGACAUUUGAUAGGUGGAGAUUUGAACUCACAGCUUUGCCCUUUUAUAAAGCUAGUCAUUUGUACUACUAGGCUACAUAGUGGUGAUCAGCAGGAGAAAAAUUAUUUAAUCACCUAAAAUGUAUUAGGUCAUCUAAUGGAAAGCAGAAGGAAUACAUAGUGGGGGAUUCUUGAAAGGAAGAGUAAUUCUACUUCCAUUCGGCAAAAUGGGCAGUUUUGGUAAAUUAGCUUCUUCCUCCUAAUUGUGUAACUCUAACUUGCAUUUGACAGCAGCAGAAGGAAGGCUUCCAAAGAUCUUCCAACCCCCCCUCCCUUUCCACUGCCCCCAGAGAAUUGGAGCUUGUCACCUCUGGGUCCACAGGCAGAUGUCCAAGCCAAGAGGUCAGAAAACAUGCCCUGAGCCAUUUUACCUCCGACCCUCCCCGCUGCUCUGAAAAUCCAGGAGGGGAUUGGCUGAAGGUUCCCUGUCAAGAGUAGGAGUAUCUUAAAAACUUGUUCUAAAAAGAGAGAAAGAGAGAGUAGGAAUAUCUGAAGUGCAUGUGCUGUGUGUUCUAGUCCCGAUUUAGGCAUGAAAAACUGGUCGGGUGACUUUGGACCAGUCACUCUCACAUCCCAACUCACCUCAUAGGAUGGUUGUGAGGAAAACAGGAGAAGGGAGGAGUAUUAGCUAUGUUCACCACCCACAGUUAUUUAUAAAAAAGAAAAAGAAAAGAAAGAUGGGGAAAAAAAUCAAUCAAACAAACAAACAAAUAUUUCCAUGCUCUCAAUGAAUGUGUCUUCAACUAUUUGUGGACCAAAGCAAAUUAAAAGAACAGCAAGACAGAAAGAGGUUCCAUUUGCUCCAUUCAGUGCCUUCCCAAGUAAUGAAUGCUCUUUGUGAAGCUUAGGAGAAAAGAAGUUUUAAUUUCUGUUGUACAUUUUGCUGGUCAUUAAUGAUGUACAAACCAUUCUAUAAGAGGAACAGCUCAUUUGGGUGGUGUAUGCCCAAGGGGGCUUUGGUCUGUGUGAGUAACAAAAUGUUUUGAUCCUGUAGAUCAGGCCUGUCAAAGAUGGCGGCUGGCGGGCCCGAUACGUCAUAUGCAGGCCAUGCCCAGCCCGGCUCUGCAAAGGCAAAAAAUGUCGUGCUAUAUCACGAUCUGGCCUGUGACACAAUCAAGUUUGACACCCACACUGUAGACAGAUACAUUUUUGUGCACUGUUUCUAGAUUAUUUAAAAUGCUGACACUACCUUAAAGUAGUACAUCAAAGUUGUGUUCCAGUCAAACUUGACUUCUAGUGACAAACGUGGGAUUUUUUCUUGAUAACAAUAUAGAAAUGAUUAACUAUGGGUUUCUUAUAGAUUUAAUUUUUUUAUUUAAUUUGGUUUUUUUAAAUUUCAUUCAUUCGUUCAUUCAUUCUCCUCACUCUAUACUACAGGUCUCAGAGUUCUCCUGGAGACCUCCAAUCUGAACACUUACCAGCUCAGAUCCUGCUUAGGUUUUUGAAAUCAGCCGAGUUUGGUUAGGUGCUGCUUCAUUACCAAUAACUAAAAUCACAUUACAAAGUAUUCUAAAAGGUUUUUUUAAAAAAUUCUUGCCGGAAGCCAAAGCUUCACAAUAAAGCUUGGAGGAGAGCACAUGUUAUAAAUGUAUCAUUAAAACCAACAAGAGACUUAUUAACAAAUAACUCUCACUGAUUUUAAUAUGACCUAAAUUUGUAAAUGCCACAUUUUAGCAUAGCUUUAAUUUUCAGGAAAAAGAAUACUAGUUUUAGAAGGAAUGUAUGUUUGUGAAUGUUUUUUGAAACAGCUUAAAGUUUCUCUUAUUAUUACUGAGGUGUACAAUGCUACAGGAUGAAAAAGUGGUCUGUAAGCAAAGUGGUGCCAACUACUUCAAACAUAUUAAAUCACAAUAGAUUACUACGUCUUGCAUAUUCAUACUUGUAUUAAUGGACCUGUAUUCCUAUUGAUCAAAAACUUUCUUCCAGAAAUUGGCAGCCAACACUAUUAACUCUAAAGUAAUAUUCUUAAAACAUCUCUCCCGUGUGUUAAGUGAUAAAACUGUUCCAAGCAAGUG